CUCCCGACCAGAAAUCAGCCACUCAGCCAAUUGGCAUUGCCUAGCAGAAUUUAGAAUGUUCAAAACUGCCCCGCCAUGUUGUUAUUUUGAGUUAACGAACUUGGAAGUCGUUUAUCUGACUACCCACGUCCAAAAAGGGUGCUAGCUGGACAGCUAUAACUUUGAAAUCACCACUAACAACUCCUUUUUCCAACAGGAUCAUGGACUCCAUGGAAGCUCGUUUCGGCCACCUGCGUCGGCGUGACACCAGUGUGGACAUGCUGCGGGUGAAGAUGUUUCGGAGACGGUCGCAGUCCCAGAAGGAGAACCGAGACAAGGCCCUGAACAGCCGCAGACACAUUGACAAUCUCCCGGAGUUGGAAUGUUCUCAACUGGACAUGUCGGUUGCUGAAAAUGUGUCAGUAGUCCAGGAAAAUGUACCGAAUGCAAAACAAGUGAAAAACGCUGCAGUGGAGGAGCGAAUGAAAAAGCUUGCCCGCUACAAAGAGAAGAAGGAGCUUGUGAAGGAGAAAGAGAAGAGGGCAAGGGAGAAGAAGGGGGUGUUCAAGGUUGGGCUGUACCGGCCAGAGGCCCAGCCCCUGGUCCCUCUGCCGCAGGCCCCAGUUGCCACAAUCAAAGCCAGGGCAACAACGCCAGUGGUCCAGCCCCAAUCCACCAGAGUGACUCGCUCCACCAGGCCCCCAAGUUUCUCUGUUCCAUUGACCUUGGUAACACAGCCUAUUGACACUCUCCCUGUUUCAAGAAAAGUUGAACCAGUAGUCAGAGCCCCAUCCACAAGGACAGCUAAUAGGCCUCGGGUCUCUGUGGCCCCUGUGGCAAAGGACAAACCUGCUGCAGCUCCCAAGACCAGAUCAAAUGCCAAGCAGUCUGCAGCACCACCUGUUGGCAGAGGGAGGAACACCAGGGGAAAAGCUAUGAGCAAUAAGCAGGCUGCUGUGAAAGUGGACAAGCCAUUAGAGGAGCCUAGGGCUGCCAGCCCCACACCCCCUAGUGCAGAGGAGCAGGAGGAUGAGAAGAUGGUAGAAGACCUUGUUCAUCCAGCUCCAGAACCUGUCUCAGCCCAGGCCGACUGUAUCCCCCCUUCAGCCUCCAACUUUUCCUCAUUCGCCCCCCAGGGCUUUGUGUUCCAGGCCCCAGCCAGCCUGUCCUCCUUCAACCCCAACCCUCUCACUCCCCGCUCUGCAGACUCCUUUUUCAAACCCAGUGUCUCAGUUCUACACCCUGUUCCACUCUGGCCAUCUGAUAACCUGGUGCCCAAAAUGGAGCUCAGUGCCCUCUCUCCUGCCAAGUCCCCUGUUCACUCCCCACCUCGCCCUUCUCCUACUCUUGCCCCUCGGUGUCUUCCGAGUCCCAAGGAACCAGAGCAUGAUGUGCCCUACUUCAGGUUAGUGGUAGUCAGUGAGACAGAGAGGCUGACAGAAUUUUGUCAGCAGUGGGAGCCCAGGGUGGAUGAUGCCUUUGUCCCUGAAGAGAUGUGUGACCGUAUGCGUACGGCGGUGGGCAGGCUGCUGAUGAAGGAGAGGUUUGGUCAGUUCUCUGGCCUGGUGGAUGACUGUGAGCUGGGCAGAGGAGAGAAGAUCACCACCUGCACUGACCUGCAAGGCUUCUGGGACAUGGUGUACUACCAGGUAGAGGACGUGAACAAGAAGUUUGGUGCUCUGAAGGAGGCAGAGUCUAAAGGUUGGCAGGAGGAAAGCAAAUCCCCACCACGACAGAGGAAGGUGGUCAAGAAGCUGCCCUCUGCUCUGGUGGCUAAGCCUGCCAGUGGUGCUGUCGCCAAGUCUCGUCUGGUUGCCAUCAAGGCUGCAAUAAAGGCCAAGCAGCAGGCUGCAAAGGCAGCGCAGGCCGCAGGGCCAGGCAGUGCUGUGGACGACCCUGCUCCAGCUCCCGAGGACCCCCAGGCGGAGACCCAGGCCCCAGAACCAUCGGUGGUGAUGUUCCAGGGAGGCUUCUUCCAGGUGGAGAGUCCUGCCAAACUCACAGGCUCUGUGAGGAGAUCCACCCAUGUAUCUGCCAUGCCUCAGGCAUCUCCCUGUUCAGUCACCAAGUUCUCCACCCCCGGCAGAACCCGCCACUCCAACACUGCUGCAGCUGCACACGCCUCCCCUCUCCCCCAUACCACUACCUGCUCCACCCUCACCACUGCCUGCUCCACCCUCACCACUGCCUGCUCCACCCUCACCCCUGCCUGUUCCACCAUCACCCCUGCCUGCUCCACCCUCACCCCUGCCUACCUGUUUAAUGCCACCCCACUCCGUACCCCUCACCCUGAUCCUCAGUUCUACACCCCGGCCCCCACCCAAAGUAGCCCCACCAGAGUCUCUCUCUGCAUCUCAACAGUCAAAGAAGCUCUGGACACCCAGUCAGAGGAAGGCCCCAGCAACCAACCAGAGCUAGCCUCUGUGCAGAAUGUCACUCCUGACCAACCAGAGCCCGAGAGCAUGCAGGAAGAUGUAGCUUGUGACCAAUCUGAGGUUGUUUCAGAGCCCACUGUUUGCCCUGAGGAGCACUCCGAGAGCUGUGAAUCACCAUCCAACACACAACAGCUGACCAAUGACGAACAGCAUCGAGAAGCCUUCAGCCAAUCGGUGUUGGCCACAGAAGAGCCCAUCCAAUUAGAGCUCCAGGACAGAAAAGAGGCUUUAGAGGCCUACGAUACCAGCCUACCCAUCUCAUCAUGGCUCCCAGUCUCCCCAAGUCUCCCCAUCUCCUCAAGACUUCCCCUCUCACCCUCACUGCCCCACUACCAUGGAGCAGAGUCCUAUCCAGUCAGGAGCCCUGCCUUCAGCUUCACCCUCUCCCCCACCCCAGCCAGGCCAAGAUUUACUGAGGCCUGCCAAUCUCCCCUCUCCUCCCCCUGCUUGGUGCCCCUCUCCUCCUGCUGUCCAGGUCUCCCUCAGCUUCCCAUUCAUCUGGGUUUUCUUCUCAAAAUACACAAGGGUCUUCCGGGGUUGGACUUUGAGCGCUACCUCCAACCUGCAGUGAGGUGUAGCCUGUCACCACGGGAGCCAGCUGUUGCAGAGGAGAUGCUGUCGCCCAUGGUGAUAGACGUAGAAAUGGAGAGUCCGUUUGCUCCGUCUGAAGAGACCCCUCAGGAGGAAGUGUCGACUCCCACAGCAUCUCCCAGUUUCACACAAAUGUUCAUCCCACGGAUCACACAGGUUAACUUCCUUGUUUUACUCUCUUCUUUCUCUCGUGUGUGUGUUAGUACCAGUCAACUGUUUGGACACACCUACUCAUUCAAGGUUUUUUCUUUACUUUUACUAUUUUCUACAUUGUAGAAUAAUAGUGAAGA